GCAGGUUCGAGUUUAAAAACUUACCGAGGACUGAGCCUAUGUAGGCUGCGAGAACCAUUGGAAAAUUGUCAUUUUGAGAGCAAUUUCGACUGCAGCCAAGGAGUGCACCUGGGUCAUAAUGUUGGCGGUGGAAUGAUCGAAUCGGGCCACAGUGAACCGAGGAAAGCUGAUGGGCUUUCAAUCGACUAAGCUGGAUAGAUGAAGGUCGACGGAGAGGUGUGUUAAUGGAUGCGCCUUUUAUUUGCACCAGUCAACCUCCUCCGUUCUGGGACUGGGGACAGCAGACAGCAGCCAGCAUGAAUGAUAUUACGAUACGAGAAAUGUCGCAACUGGUCGGAUCGGCGCCAUCAGCCAUGUGGUACUCGUAUGAUAUUGGAUGGACCCCCUUUUGUUGUCCUCAACUGUACUUUACACUGGGCUCGGAUCGACAAAGUAAGCAGGCCCCUUUCCGACCCCGGAUCUCAAAGGGGGCGGAGAGGUGGCGGUAUGAUACGCCAACCGUUCCAUCCUGGCCACGGUGGCACGAAACCUAACGGAACCAUCAAAGACGGAAUGCCGGGCUCAAGCUUCCUCGCAUCCGUUCUGGCUUGCCCGAUAGAGAUUAAGCUGCUUCUCACCUUCUUCCUUCAAGUGGGACCGGACCGCACGAGCGGGAUGCGUAACCCGGAAUGGACAGAGUUGACGCAGUCGACGAUGAUCAUAUCGCGAAAAGCAGUGCUGCUAUGUGGCAUGAGUGGUGGUGGUGAUGGUGAUGGCAUAGGAGACGAGACCGAAGCAUGGGCCGAUAUCAGAUCAGAUGAUUGUCGACCGAAGGAAACUCGGUCUGAUCUGGUCUGAUCUGGUUUGAUCAUGCGAUGAUCCACCAUUGUUUGUUGCUUGAAGGAUUAAGAGAUACAAAUCAGUCUUUGGUCCGCAAACAGGCGAUCCUAUGCGAGAAGUGGAAGUUUGCCUUUGGGAGAUGGACAACAAAUCGAUGCCGGGGGGGGGGGGGGGGGGAAGGGUGGGAAAGCGCUUGGA